UAAGAUGUGAACGCCAAAAUUUGUCCCUUGGGCUCUGUCUUGUGGUUCUCCGAUGGGCGAGGUAGCCAGAGGGGGCAAGGCGAUCACGUAGGCGUCCCACAACCCUGAUCCUGCUGCGCCAUCGGGGAACCACGUGUGGCUGUCGCUCGCCACUCUGCCUGUCAAGCUCAGCCCAUCCCCAGGGCCGGGAAGGGACGCGGAGGCGGGGUGGGCUGUGCCCCGCUGGAACCCAGCCGGGCCGGUGUCCUCCCCGGAGCGGAGCGGCUGUGCCUGCCUGCUGCUCCUGCCGCUGCUGACAGGAGCGGGUGGCACAAGGAGGCUCAGGGUCCUGCUCUAAGAUCAAGGAGCCUUGCGCUGGGUUCCGGCAGACAGGUCAGAAAGCUGUCCCAGUGACUGGUCCUGGUGGUACCUCUCUCCCAAGGACACUCGGAGAGCCCCGGGCCAGCAAUCUGUAGGUGGCCAAGAUAGCAGGGGACCGCCGCUUCCCUGGGUACCUGGUCUGGAAUUCCUUUCCCAAAUCUGGCUCAGAGAUUUUUGUGCAUCAGUUGGGGAACACUUGCUAGGGCGACUCGAGUCACUGUGAGAGCUCGAGGGGGUUUGGGAGAAGCCACCCCAAAGCAAGGACAUCUGGAGAGAUGUGGCGCCAGGGGCUUGGAGGAGAAAUACAUGUAUUUUAGGCUGUGUCUCAGAGGAAGAGGCAGCAACCGUGAAAAGUGACUGUAAUUGCCCAAGAAGAGGCCUCAGACUCUCGAGCUGAAGACUUAGAAUGUGCUGAAAAGCCGGUGCUAUCCUUGGGGAAUCUAGGGACCAGCCGGUGCCCGGGAGAGUGACCUGGAGCACGGAACCCAGAAGACAGAUAGAAAGCAAAAGGGUCCUUUUACCGGUAUGGCUUGGAUUGCUACAGAGAAGCUCCUGAUGGAACACCUCUGUCCUUUAUUCUGGGCAGCAACCGGGGCUGGGCAAGGUGCUGCUGGCUGGUGACUGACCAGGGGAAGUCUGGCUAAGCCUGCUCGAGUACACGAGGGCCAAGCCACCUGGAAGUGCUUUCUGUCUGGAAGAUGGCUCCGAACACUUCUACCAUGGAUGGGGCCGGGCUGGCAGUGGAGAGGGAUUUCUCCUUUCGCAUCCUCACCGCCUGUUUCCUGUCGCUGCUCAUCCUGUCCACUCUCCUGGGGAACACCCUGGUCUGUGCCGCUGUCAUCAGGUUUCGACACCUGCGGUCCAAGGUGACCAACUUCUUUGUCAUCUCUUUAGCUGUGUCGGAUCUCUUGGUGGCUGUCUUGGUCAUGCCCUGGAAAGCUGUGGCUGAGAUUGCUGGCUUUUGGCCCUUUGGGUCCUUUUGCAACAUUUGGGUGGCCUUUGACAUCAUGUGCUCCACUGCCUCCAUCCUUAACCUCUGUGUGAUCAGCGUGGACAGGUACUGGGCUAUUUCCAGCCCUUUCCAAUAUGAGAGGAAGAUGACCCCCAAGGCAGCCUUCAUCCUGAUUAGCGUAGCCUGGACUUUGUCUGUUCUUAUCUCCUUUAUCCCAGUGCAACUAAGCUGGCACAAGGCAAAACCCACGUGGCCCUUGGAUGACAAUUCCACUUUCCUGGAGGACACUGAGGAUGAAAAUUGUGACACCAGGUUGAGCAGGACGUAUGCCAUUUCAUCCUCCCUCAUAAGCUUUUACAUCCCUGUAGCCAUUAUGAUUGUUACCUACACCAGUAUCUACAGGAUUGCCCAGAAACAAAUUCGGCGCAUCUCAGCCUUGGAGAGGGCAGCAGUCCAUGCCAAGAAUUGCCAGACCACCACAGGUAAUGGAAACCCUGUUGAAUGUUCUCAAUCAGAAAGUUCCUUUAAGAUGUCCUUCAAGAGAGAGACUAAAGUACUGAAGACAUUGUCUGUGAUCAUGGGGGUGUUUGUGUGCUGCUGGCUCCCUUUCUUCAUCUCAAACUGCAUGGUACCCUUCUGUGGAUCUGAGGAGACCCAGCCAUUUUGCAUUGAUUCCAUCACCUUUGAUGUAUUUGUGUGGUUUGGGUGGGCAAAUUCUUCCUUGAACCCCAUUAUUUACGCCUUUAAUGCUGAUUUCCAAAAGGCAUUCUCAACCCUCUUAGGAUGCUAUAGACUUUGUCCUACAACAAAUAAUGCCAUAGAAACAGUGAGCAUCAACAACAAUGGGGCUGUGGCAUUUUCCAGCCACCACGAGCCUCGAGGCUCCAUCUCCAAGGACUGCAAUCUGGUUUACCUGAUCCCCCAUGCUGUGGGCUCCUCUGAGAACCUGAAAAAGGAGGAGGCAGGUGGAAUCGCUAAACCAUUGGAGAAGCUGUCCCCAGCCCUAUCGGUCAUAUUGGACUAUGACACUGAUGUCUCUCUAGAGAAGAUCCAACCUGUCACACACAGUGGACAGCACCCAACCUGAGUCUUGGGUCCUCAUCUCUGAAGCUAGGAUGUCCCUAGAGCUGGCUGUCAAGGAAUUAAGGUCUGGUGGAACUGUGAUCCACCAUGAGAUCCCUCUGCUGCUUCUGAACAAUUACAAAGCUUUUCAAAUACAUUAAUUACAGUGUGUUUUCUAGGGAUACAUGAAGAGCCACAAGGGAAACAACCUUGGCUCUGAAUCAUUUUUGAAACCUAUUAUCUUAAGACAUGAUAAAAAAAAAUAGGGCAAAGAGUCAACAGUAAACAGCUUCACUUAGAAAUGAAAACUCUCUAGAAAGGAAGUGAGAGAGUUGAGUUUGCUGUGUCCAAACAGGUGCUAAGACUGUCCGAGCAGUUUUCAGAGUGUAAAGGUAGGUGCAUGCCUUCAUAAUUACUUCUACAAUAAUAAUUGAGCCUUACAGCAAGAGUGGAAUUUCUCUUUGCAGAAUUGACAGAUGUUCUGUUGAUAAUGGUUUUAUUUAUUGUAUUAUAUGGAUAUUUUAAAUUUAUCAUAGUGAAUCUAUAUUUAUCAUAUUUAAUAGAACAAACCAAUGUUUUCUGAGACUGAACAGUCCAUUGUACUAGCACUUUAUGAGCCUGUGAAACAAACACAGACUCCGAGAUUGUGUAAUUCUGAAUUGUGACUUACUUCCAGAAACAUAGCAAAGACUGAUGUGGUGGUUCCUUAGCCCAACACGGACACAGAUAAAUACAAGACGAGAUGUGACUAAUGCCACCAGUGCUGCCCACCCGAAAAAUAACUUGAACAGAUUUUUUUAAAAGACACUAUAUUGUGUUCUGAAUGUUUAAAAGGCGAAGGCUCUCCCGGGAUGAAUUUGCACUUCUGUAAAUAUCUAUGUAAAAGCCAUCUCAAGAAGAAUACAACUUUACAUUUCUGGUUUUGGAUGGUGAGCAAGAGCAUAUGCCACUUUGUAUUUAUGUAAAAUAAUUGGCCCUCCCUGUCAUUUCUCAUUUCAUGCUUGAAAUAGCUUUCUGAAACUAACAAAUGGCUGUCCAGGGUUAAGGUCUGCAGCAGGAAUGAGCUGUGAAUUCACCGUCACAGCCGCCCCUCCGAUGGGCAGAGUUCGUCACUGGUUCCUCAGCUGCCCACAUCAAACUAAACCGGUUGGCUGCUCAAGAGGCUCUUUUUGUAGAGCUUUAAUCUGAAUUUAGCACCCCCUUUUCAAAAAAAAGCUCUUUAUCGUUAGUGGUAAUCUAGCUAAUAUGAAUGGUGCCUCAUCGUCACAUAAGAUACUUCUGUUGGUGGGAGGACCAGAAGGGGCUCUUUCCCUGCGUGUUUUGAGCACCUCAAAGCCAUCGGUAUCACUAGUCACAAACGCUAUUUUUCCCUCUGUGGUUUUGAAGCUAGUUCCCACGUCAUAGCCUGGAAUGCAAAAAGUCCCAUCAAGUCCCCUCGAGAGGGGACGCUGACUCCUCACACGGGGCAUUGCAACUGUUUUGUUUUGUUUUUUGAAAUGUUUACAACGUGUUCUUGAUAAGCAGUUGGUAAUAUGUGGAAUGAACUGAUGAAAAGUGAACAGCUUGCCAACAGUAGCUCCUGCAUUGGGUCUGUGUUAUUAUGUACUUUGAAUGUUUUCUCAGCUCUAUGCUUGUGUGCUUUCUUACGUACAAUAAAAUUAUUUUGUGAAAUCAAA